AUGGAGAACACACUGUCUUUGGAUUACACACUCACUAUGUAUUUCCAGCAGUCCUGGAGAGAUAAAAGGCUUUCUUACUCUGGAAUUCCUUUGAAUCUAACUUUGGACAACAGAGUAGCUGAUCAGCUCUGGGUUCCAGACACGUAUUUCCAAAAUGACAAGAAGUCAUUUGUUCACGGGGUAACAGUGAAAAAUCGAAUGAUUCGGCUACAUCCGGAUGGGACCGUCCUUUAUGGCUUACGAAUCACAACAACAGCAGCUUGCAUGAUGGAUCUACGCAGAUACCCAUUGGAUGAACAAAACUGCACCCUAGAAAUUGAAAGUUAUGGAUACACAACCGAUGAUAUCGAGUUUUACUGGAAUGGAGGAGAAUCUGCAGUAACAGGAGUUAAUAACAUUGAGCUCCCACAGUUCUCAAUUGUUGAUUACAAGAUGGUAACAAAAAGAGUGGAAUUUACAACGGGAGCAUAUCCCCGACUAUCGCUCAGUUUUCGGCUUAAACGAAACAUAGGUUACUUCAUUUUGCAAACAUAUAUGCCUUCCACGUUGAUCACAAUUCUCUCAUGGGUAUCUUUUUGGAUCAACUAUGAUGCAUCUGCAGCCAGAGUUGCCCUAGGAAUCACAACAGUGCUGACAAUGACCACAAUCAGUACCCAUCUCAGGGAGACGCUGCCAAAGAUUCCAUAUGUAAAGGCAAUAGAUAUUUACCUAAUGGGAUGCUUUGUGUUUGUGUUUCUGGCCUUGCUGGAAUACGCCUUUGUGAACUACAUAUUCUUUGGAAAAGGUCCCCAGCGUCAAAAAAAGGCCGCUGAAAAAGCUGGCCAGACUCCUAAUGAGAAGGGCAAACUGGAAAUGAAAAAAGUCCAGGUAACAGAUUCAAGAUGA